UGGGGCCCGGUGCUGGGUCUGGCGCCCUGGGGGUUGGGGCGGGCUCUGCGCAUUGACCUCACCCGCAGGCGGGGCAGGCUCAGCGUGCAGAGCGGCAGCGACGGCAGCGGCGGUGGCAACAGUAGGUGGGUCGCAGAGUCCAGCGGAAACAGUUUCAGGCCCAGGAGGAGGCGAAGGCUCAGGUACCUGGGGACAGGGUGAGGCGAAACUGGCUCCAGGGGCGGCGGCGGCAUGUUGGGGCCGGCAGUGCAGCGCCGAGCCCAGGGAUCCGGCGCCACGCCCAGGGCUCCCCGGCUCGGCUCGCGUCAGGUGCCAGCAGCUGGCUUGGUGCUCCUCUCAGCUGCCUGCAAUGGCUUCAGGACUGCCCAGCACUGCCGGCCUGGCGCGCUUCUGCCAGAAGCUGAAACGGCUGAAGCCGCUGGAGGAGGCCACCAUGGAGACAUCGCUGCAGCGCUGCCUGUCCGCGCUGGACCUGACCCUGCUGGGAGUGGGGGCCAUGGUGGGCUCGGGCCUCUAUGUGCUCACCGGUACCGUGGCCAAGGAGAUAACCGGCCCGGCCGUGAUCGUGUCCUUCACUGUGGCCGCCGUGGCCUCCCUGCUGGCGGCCCUGUGUUACGCUGAGUUUGGGGCACGCGUGCCCCGCACAGGCUCUGCCUACCUGUUCACCUAUGUGUCCAUGGGCGAGCUGUGGGCCUUCCUCAUCGGCUGGAACCUGGUGCUCGAGUACGUCAUAGCUGGUGCUGCUGUGGCCCGCGCCUGGAGCGGCUACCUGGACGCCAUGUUCGACCACCACAUCCGCAACUUCACCGAGGCCCAUGUGGGCAUCUGGCAGGUGCCCCUCCUGGCCAGAUAUCCUGACUUCCUGGCUGCCGGCAUCCUACUUUUGGCCUCCACCUUCGUCUCCUGCGGAGCCCGUGUCUCCUCCUGGCUCAACCACACCUUAUCUGCCAUCAGCAUGGUCGUCAUCCUCUUCAUCAUCAUCCUGGGGUUUGUCCUCGCCCGCUCACACAACUGGGGCAAGGAGGAGGGCGGCUUUGCACCCUUCGGCUUCUCCGGUAUCAUGUCCGGCACCGCGACCUGCUUCUAUGCCUUCGUGGGCUUUGACGUUAUUGCCGCCUCUAGUGAGGAGGCCCGGAACCCGAAGCGAGCCGUGCCCCUGGCCAUUGCCAUCUCGCUUGGCCUCGCAGCCAGCGCCUACAUCCUGGUCUCCACGGUGCUCACCCUCAUGGUGCCCUGGCACAGCCUGGACCCUAAUUCAGCGCUCGCUGACGCCUUCUACCAGCGGGGCUACAGCUGGGCUGGCUACCUCGUGGCGACUGGCUCCAUCUGCGCCAUGACCACUGUCCUGCUCAACGGUCUCUUCUGCCUUCCCCGCAUCAUCUACGCCAUGGCCGUCGACGGGCUAUUCUUCCAGGCAUUUGCCUACGUGCACCCCCGGACACAGGUGCCUCUGGUAGGCAUCCUGGUGUUCGGGGUUCUCACGGUUUUGGUGGCGCUGCUGCUGGACCUCGAGGCAUUGGUCCAGUUCCUGUCCAUUGGCACACUGCUGGCCUACACCUUCGUGGCCAUCAGCAUUAUCGUGCUGCGAUUCCAGAAGGCCCCUCUGUCCAGUUCCCCAAGCCCAGCCAGCCCCCGCCCUGCGGCCAAGGAGUACAAUUCCUUCUCAGACCACAUAGAGCUGGUGGGCACCGAGCAGGUCCCAGCCCCCGAGCCUGGGCAGCUGCGGCCAGCCCUGAGGCCCUACUUGGGCUUCCUGGAUAGGUGCAGCCCUGGAGUGGCCGUGGCUUCAGCGAUCUGCGUCCUGGUGGCCUCAGCCAUCACCCUGGGCUGUGUGCUGAUCUUCGGGGACUCAGCCCUGCACCUCCCUCGCUGGGGCUACAUCCUGCUGCUUCUGCUCUGCAGCAUCAUGUUUCUGCUCAGUCUCCUCGUCCUGGGGGCCCACCAGCAGCAACGCCAGCAGGACACCUUCCAGAUCCCCAUGGUGCCCCUGAUUCCAGCCUUGAGCAUUCUCCUCAACAUCUGCCUCAUGCUGAAGCUGAGCUACCUGACCUGGGUGCGCUUCUCCAUCUGGCUGCUGAUUGGUGAGUGGGGGGCCAGGCUGGUGUCCUGGGCCGGCUGCAGGAGGAGGGUGAGGAGGGCGAGCAGGGCUGAGACCUGCCAUUCAUGCUCGUGCCACCCCUGCAGGACUCUUGGUAUAUUUCGGCUAUGGCAUCUGGCACAGCAAGGAGAACCAGCGGGAGCUGCCGGGGCUGACCAUCACACGCUAUGUGGUUUUCUCUAGCGGCAGCCUGGAGGAGACAGUGCAGGUUGUGCAGCCCCCCAGCCAGGUGCCAGCCCAGGAGCCCAGCAGUCCAUGAGAGCUACCUGCCCUCCAUCCAAGGCAGCUCCGGUUUGCGGGCCUGCCCACGCUAGGGGGGUCCUUCGGACUGUAGUUCAGGGGCUGAGCUUUGAGUCUUUGGAGCCAGUGUGGCCAGCGCUGGUGUGGUGGACUCUUUGUGCAGUGCCUUCCAGUUUAUGUCCAACUCCAGCAACCUGGGCAGGUGGGGUAGGGCGGGUCGGGAAGAAGCCCCAGCCUCAGGAAUCCAUGAUAAUAACUGCUUAGCCAGCCAUGUGGCCUGUGUCGUGUCCAUUGUUCUUUGCGGCACUGAGUCCUCACCUGCCCCCAGGAACCACGCGAUUGUCCCCAGUGCAAAGCAAAGGUGCAGAAGUUCUGCAAGGGGGAGAUGCCAGCCCUGGGACAGCCCUUAGUCGAGGACACUCAGGCCAGUGCCCUCUGCCCUGCUCAGAAGGCACUAUACAUACACCCAUAUGCACUAGGUACAAGAGGGGCAGUGUCAGGCUCCCCUCCUCUGGGGGAUGGGUCCAGACAGAAGUGCCCGGGCCCCAAGGAGGCCACCUAGAAAGGUCAGCAGAGUUCGGGGUCCCCUUGGUUUCUCCAGAGCAUGGCAUGUGCCUGAGGCCUGCCUAGGGAGGCAGAGGCACACACACAGCUUCAAGCAUAUAACCACGUGCCCGCGCGGCGACCCUGGGGUGCGCACUGUGUGCAGACUGAGGCAGCAGCUGUUUCCAAGCUCAGACCCUGGUGCUGCUCUCCAGCUGCCCCAGGGGAUGCGUGCGCAAGAGCCUGAACCUGCCCCAAGUGCCUUCCAGCCCCCCUGGUCCUUGGGGUGGGGUCCCCAGGCCCACCCUGCACUGCCCACUAGUCUCCCAGGUGGUGCUGUGCCCACCACAGGCACCACUAGCUCCCGUCUCUGCCUGUAAGGAGCACGCAGGAAGCUGCUGUCGACAGGCUUUACUCCUGGACCCUGAAGCCAUACAUCAGCUUUCUUUGGGCCCCAUACAUGGGACCCCACCCCGGUAAAGAUCUCAGGGCCAUGUUCUCUCACCCUGACCUUUGUGGCCUGCCUCCCCAGAGACACUGCUCUGGGGAUUGCGAGGCAUCAGGGACCCCAAGGCUUUGCUGAGGCUCCAGAUGCCAGAUGGUUCCAGAUGCUAGCCCAGCCUGAACCCCAACCCUGCCCUCCCCAGCUGGCCCAUGUCACUGCCCCGGCAAGCGGCCAGAAUGCCUAGUCACCGGGCCCCAUGAGAAAGCAGCCCCUCGCCUCCCAGGUGGGCACUCCCAAACCCCUGCCGCUCCCCUGGGGCCAAGACAGGGUCAGACCCCUGCAGCCAGUCCCUCCCUCCCAGCUGUAGGCUCCCUGGCGCAUGGGGAGUUCUCCAGCGGGCAGGACUCACACCCUGUGAGGACGUCACAGCCAGAUCCAGGCCAGCCUGCCGGGGCCUCUGGAAUUUGUUUGGGGCAUUCCUUCUGGCCACUGGGCUCCACCCGAAGCGAAGGACAGGGCCUCCUUCGAGCAGUUGCCUCGGGCUGGUUCUUAGGUGUGUGACCUUGGGUAGCAGUGAAUUCCAGAUAUACAUUCUCCCCACCCCCACAGUUCCAGGAGGUUGAGCUGGGUGUCACCAAGGAGCACACAGACGGUCCCAAAGGACCCAAUGACCACCAACUCAGCUUCUCCAUCCUCUUCUCCCAAUCCCAGCCCUCCACAGUCUGAGGGCUGCCACCGGGAAGGGCUGGUGCAUGCGCCAUUGCCAGGUCCUAGUGGGUUGGAUCAUCUGCCUGCCCCAGUCUGAAUUCCAUGGAUGACCCCCCCAAACUGGGUGGGGACAAGCCCCAGGUACCCAGCACCAGAACAGCAGAGACAGCCAGCCCUCUUGUCAGACCUCUUUCUACCCUGCCCUAGACUACGGCAGCACAGACCCUGGAACGGCGCUGAGAGGGUGGGGGCUCUACCUACAAUGGGGGUGCUGCCAGGGGAGAGGGCUAGAGCCUGCACAGCCAGUGGAGGGUCUGUGCUGACCACUGGUGAGUGAGCCGCUGCUGGAAGCCCUGGUGACAGAGCUGGGAGAGAGUUCUCCAGACACAGCUGGAGCCCUUGUGACCAGCGCCUGGGACAUGUUCCGCUGCAGGUCUCUGUGCAAUAGUAGCUUCUGCUGCUCCCUGGGCAGUACCCUGCCGAGGCCAGAGUCAGGGUAGGGACAGUGUGCCUGGGAGUUGAAGGAUGGAAUUCUCCCACUCCCUGCCCUGGUCCUGCUGGGGCUCCAUCCAUGAGGUUCCCAAGGCAAGGCCCCUCCCUUCCCAGCCCCGACCCCUGACAGCAGGGAACAGGCCUCAGGAAUGGGCCAGCAAGCAGGCGCCAGGGCCAAGGCUUUGGUGUCCAGCUCCUGGUAGCAGCCCUGGCCGUUGGGACAGGCGCUGGGGCCCCUCUAAGGAGCCUGGGCAGCCAGAUGCAGGGGUGCAGAUGCUGGUUUUGUCUGCUCAGGGCUGGCGGUCACCUUUGGAGCUUUUGCCUGCAGAUAAGGACAGCAGGUCGGGGCUCAGGCCGACGUUCCCCAGAAGUGUAGCAGAGCCCAGGCGCCAGGCAGGCCAGCAGCUUACCUCCUCAUACUUGGUCCUCCAGUAGAAAUGAGCUUCUCCAUCCACAUACAACAGCAGCAGGUCACACAGGAAAGUGAUCUGGGAGAGGCAGGACUGACCUGUGUCCCGGCCCCCAACCCGUCCUCCCGCCACCUCCCCAGACCUCCCCCCAACUAGACCUAACGUCAGGGGCCUCGGCUGUGCCAUCGGAUGGGCCUGGGCCCACAUUCACUGAAGCCAGAGGGAGCACACUUGAGCCAGACUCACCACGCCCAGCCAAGCUGCUCCUGUGCCCAGAGUGAUGAGUGUGGGGAUGAGCCCGAACUUCCCUGCCUGAGAGAACUGGGUAAGCCUCUAAGCCGUGCCUGUCACCCCCCACCCACCCGCCCCUGCCCACCUACCCGCCCAGUGACGAGGAUGUCAAAACGGAUCCCGUAGAGCUUUAGCAGACUCCGGACCUCCACACCCGAGGCCUCCCACCAGUGAGUGGCCGUCCUGGGGGCAGGAGAGAGUCUGGUGGCCUGUUCUGCCCGCUUCCCGGCCCUCCCAGGCCUCCAUCUUACUCACCCACUGACUCCACAAACCCCCAGCCCUACCCUGAGUCCUGGGUUUUUUGUUGAGGAUACAGGGAAAGAGCAAGCAGGACCCGCCUCUCAGGAGCUCCCUGCCUGCUGAGGGGAUGAGGUAGAGGGAUCUCUAAAUAGAUGCCUGCAGUGGGGGCAGGGGGAGCUGGGGGGCAGGCCCAGGGCUGUGAGGGUCCAGAGGGGGUAGCUCACUCUCCCCUAGGAACCAGGGAAGGCUUUCUGCAGUGGGGACACGCAGGUUGGUUUUCCAGGGAUCAGGAAGGAGUUCUAGACAAAGCAGUACCAGCGAGAGCACAGAACUAAGGGGAGCAGAGCACAGGUGGGGGCCAGCUCCACAUAGCUGCAAAGGGCAGGGGAGGUCAGUGAAACCAGUCCAGGCAAGGUCCGCUCGUGUGUGUGUGCACGCAAGUGACGAGGUGACAUGAGGUGGCAGAAACAUAGGAUCCCACUGGGCAGCAGCAGGGGAAGGUCUGCUUGGGAGACUCAAAGACAUGAGAAUAAAUGCAAUGCAAGUUCCUUGAGUACACCCUGGAUUGGAAAAUAAAAAGAUUUUGGACUAUUAUUGGCACAAUUGGGGAAAUUUAAAUAUUAGAUUCAUUCUGCCGGUGUUAAAUUUCUUGAAUGUGACAACAGGACA